GGGGGAGGCAGCAUUCCCGGUGCCCAGCUUGGUCUAGGAGACAUUGAAAUUCCAGGGCCGAAGUUCUGAGACAAAGAUCAUAAUGAGACAGGAAGGUGGCAAAGGAAGCAGCCCAUUUGCAUGACAAUAAUUGAGCCAAGAAUAGAAAGCCAGAGGGAUGCAAGGGUGAGGCUGGCAGCUGAGCUGGGCUAAACCUCACAAAUCAGACUACCCAGCUUUGCUCUGCAGGCAAAGGGAGGCUGAGCCCUGUGCCAGGCUUGGCAGGGAAAAAGAGUGGGGAGGAGGACACGGCCCAGGGCAUUGUGGGAUUGUUGGCCAGGCUGGACUUUGCCUUCCUCCUCCUCCUUUGGCCGGGAGCCCGCUUUUGCUUGCCUUCUUCCUUGUGGGCUCUGUGGCUGUAGGGCUGACCAAGUGGGCAUCAUGGCUGCUCAGAAGGAUCUCUGUGAUGCCAUUGUGAUCGGGGCAGGCAUCCAGGGCUGCUUCACUGCAUAUCACCUGGCCAAACACAGGAAGCGGGUUCUCCUGCUGGAACAGUUCUUUCUACCACACUCCCGAGGAAGCUCCCAUGGACAGAGCCGGAUAAUCCGAAAGGCAUAUGUAGAAGACUUUUAUACCCAGAUGAUGGAUGAGUGCUAUCAGAUGUGGACCCAGCUGGAGCACGAGACUGGAACCCAGCUGCACAGGCAGACUGGACUGCUACUGCUGGGAAUGAAGGAGAAUUCAGAGUUACAGUCAUUCCAGGCCACUCUGUCUAGGCAGGGGGUGGAACACCAGUGUCUUUCAUCUGAGGAACUGAAGCAACGUUUCCCAAAUAUUCGGUUGACCAGAGGAGAAGUAGGGCUCUUGGACAAGUCUGGAGGAGUUCUCUAUGCAGACAAGGCCCUCAGAGCCCUCCAGGAUGCAGUUCGACAACUAGGAGGCAUGGUGCAUGAUGGAGAGAAGGUGCUAGAGAUAAAACCAGGGCUACCGGUCACGGUGAAAACCACUUCCAGGAGCUACCAAGCCAAGAGCUUGGUCAUCACAGCAGGUCCUUGGACCAACCAGCUCCUCCGUCCUUUGGGAAUUGAGCUACCUCUCCAGACUCUUCGAAUCAACGUGUGUUACUGGCGAGAGAAGGUUCCUGGGAGCUAUGGUGUGUCCCAGGCCUUUCCAUGUUUCCUGGGCAUGGGCCUGAGCCUGGCUCCCUGCCACGUCUAUGGGCUGCCCUCAGCAGAGUACCCAGGGCUGAUGAAAGUCUGCUAUCACCACGGCAACCAGGCAGACCCCGAGGAGCAGGACUGCCCCACAGCACGCUCAGACAUCCAAGAUGUCCAGAUUCUGAGCCACUUUGUCAGAGAUCACUUACCUGACCUGAAGCCCGAGCCUGCUGUCAUGGAGCGCUGCAUGUACACGAACACCCCUGAUGAGCACUUCAUUCUUGAUCGCCAUCCAAAGUAUGACAACAUUAUCAUUGGUGCUGGAUUCUCUGGGCAUGGAUUCAAGCUGGCUCCUGUUGUGGGGAAGGUCCUGUAUGAAUUAAGUAUGAAAUUAAUCCCAUCUUAUGACUUGGCACCUUUUCGAAUCAGCCGCUUCCCUGGCCUGGGCAAAGCCCACCUUUGACCACUGGCUAGCAGCCUCCCUAUGUGCACAGAAGCCCCCUAGAAUAUGUCUUAGAUAAAGCAAGUGGCCCUAUCCUUUUCUCCUGAUUCUCUUGAAUCCCCUGAUGAUUGAAUCACCAGAUGAUCGAAUCUACUUUCAUUCCUUGGUCAGCUCCCCAUUCCAAACUACUUUCUUGCUCCCAGAAGUCGAUCACGUAGUCUAUAAUCAGAGUAGCAAGAAUGUAUGCAACGGAUGUCUCUCUCAAUAAGAAGGGGACACAGGAACUGGCUCCCGAGACCAAAGCAGUUGUUCAAAUUCUCUUUGCUAGGAUGUUUGAUGAAUCUGGAUGGAUUUGACUAAAUCUGCUCAGGGGAGGGUAAACAGGAUGAUCUUUUAUAGAUCUCCACUGCCCUUGGGAUUCCUUUUCCUAAAACUGGAGCCACCCUCUGUUACAAAUGCCUAUUAAAUCUGGCUCAUCUUAGAUGCGCAACAAAUAUUUGUUGAAGAGAUUCAUUGAACAAAUAAAUAAAUAACU